CUAUGCCGCCGUCCACUCUGUUGUGUUUUCUGUUACUCGCAUCGCCAUCUUGUUGCGAGUCGAGUUAAGCUCGUCUGAGGCUUUCUGGGAAGGGCUGAGCGAUUUCUUUUAUUUAACCAAAGAUCGUUAAAGCUCAGUGCACGUGAACGAUCCGGUCAAUUGCCAGACACGCAGCCUGCGGUGUGUGUGAGUGUGUGUGUGUUUAAGACACUGUGUCUGCUCGGUGGACGACAUGAGUAUUGAUACACUGCUGGAGGCGGCUAGAUAUCUGGAGUGGCAAGCCCAGCAACAACAGAUUACACGUGAGGAAGAUGAGCGACGACAAAAAACCGUCCUGUCUCGUGGAGCAGAACCCAAACGCUCCGGAAUCGUUGCCACGUCCAUCCAGCCAGCGCAGGUCAAUCACACAAUCUGGGCUGAUGAGGCUCGAAUAGAGCCUCACAACCACCAGCCACGCCCUCCAGCCCCACCACCAGUCCCAGUCCCAGCCCCAGCCCCAGUUCCUGCCUUACAUCCACCCAUGCCAAUCGCAGUCAUCCCAAUCCCUGUGGUUUCUGCUAACUCCGCAACAUCGGCGCUCCAUACGGCGUCCCCCAUACCGGUGGUAACUUCUCUGGCUACAGCACUAUCCCCUCCAGGUGCUCCUUUACUCAACCAUGUAGUGAAGGACAUACACUCUCCCUCACAGCAGCAGCAUCAGCAUUUCCAGCACCUUCAGCAUCGACCGCUGAUCCCCCACGUGAAGGCGGAAGGCAGCAACUUGCCUCAGUCAGGAACCAGUCCCAAGCAGCAACCUCAGGCCCUGCUGCAGCCGUACCCGGCGCCCGUCAUCACCCCCCAGCAUGCCCUGUUGGCCCAGCCUGCUCUCACACAGCCUCAGAACCACGUGUCACAACCGGCCCGGCCAAACGGCGCAACCUUGGAGGACACCCGUGGCCUGGAGGGCAAGAGGCGACCCGGAGGAGCAGGAACCAGGGAGGUGCACAAUAAGCUAGAAAAGAAUAGACGUGCGCAUCUGAAGGAAUGCUUCGAGACCCUCAAGAGAAACGUCCCCAACGUGGACGAGAAGAAGACGUCCAAUCUGAGCGUGCUCCGAAGCGCCCUGCGCUACAUCCAGACGCUAAAGCGCAAGGAAAAGGAAUACGAGCACGAGAUGGAGAAGCUGGCGAGGGAGAAGAUCGCCACUCAGCAGAGACUGGCCGAGCUGAAGAACGACCUGAGUCAGUGCAUGGACAUCAUGGAGAUCGACCGCAUCGUCCGGCAGACGGUCCAGCCUGAAGAUGACCAGGCUUCCACAUCGACGGCGUCAGAAGGCGAAGACAACUUCGAACAGGAUGCCGAAGACGGAGCCCCGCCCUCAUCCCGCUCCUCAGUCCUGGGAUGUCAUCCUGCACUGUCUGAGCAACGCGCCCCCGUUCUUCCUCCUCCUCCGUCCAUCCUUCCCUCCCACAUUGCCUUCCAGCACAAACCGACCAACCCUCCACAACCCCAGAGCACGGCCAUCGCGCCUCAACCCAGCGUCAUCGCACACGCCUCCGUGUCUCACGCCUCCGUCAUCCAGGCGGUCAACCACGUGCUACCGACUGCUUCCAAACCCAUCGGGCACAUAACCGUCCACCCGGUGACCCUUUACCCGCAGACGGUGGCUGUCUCGCAGCCGCAAGUUCUGGGCCACAUUACACAGACGCUGGCUCAUCACCCCCAGAGCCACAGCCACGUCAAUGGUGCAGCAGUGGGGCAGCAGGGCGCCGUGGUGGGAAAACCCACAGCUGUAGUGGCUCACCAUCAUGCGGGUCUUGUGGGGCAGGCUGUGCUUAACCCAGUGACAAUGGUGACUGUACCGCCUUUUCCUGUCAGCACACUUAAGCUAGCAUGAGACAUGCAGGUUUGUGUGUGUGUCUGUGUGUGUGUUUGUGUGCGUGUGUGUGUGUGUGGCAUGUGAAGAACAUCCGAAUGGUCAGAAGAGCACAGGAUUUUGUUAGGAAUUUGUCACCCAAUCACAGAAAGGUCUACCGUCACGUACAGUAGACUGAACGAGAAACACGUGAUGCACUUGCAAACCUUCAAAUCACGAAACGAUGGCUGUCGGAAACAAAGUGUCCGUUUUCACUCCCUCUCCGUCCUUCGGUCCUGCUCCUCCUCUACUGAUUAGCUUUCGUUAACCUAAAUGUCUCAGGCAUCACUUUCACAUACAGUCAUGAAACAAAUUUUUUUUUUUUUUUUAGAAAUGUUUAAAAAAAAAAAAUACAGACACAGAAAUCAGAUGAUCAACGAGAAUGCAAAGUUUUGCAUUAUUAUCAGAAAAUAUGAUCGAUUAUUGGGCUGGCAAUUCGAUAAUCCGGACAUCUAGAAGUGCCUAACCUGUCUUAUGUACAAGUCUAACAGCGCCCUCUGGUGCUUAAACACGGUCCUGCUGUGAUUUUUCAGAGGGGACUGUUCAACGAUGUCAGCCGCAGGCAUUCAGCAACCAGGAGAGCGCUGAAACAUUCGAAACAUAAUCAAGCAGUCAGCCUAGAAACACACCUCUUCCAUUACUGUUGUGUUGCCGAUAUUUCUUCACCACGCGUGUAUACCACUAAGUUUCCGAAGUCUUCUACCGGACACGUGACUCACAUCUACAGACAAGCAGUCUCACGUUGCUCCGCUAGUUAGACCUGUCGUAUGUAUGUCAAUAUACCGUAUGGGAGAGUUUGUGUUUAUUUUGAAUUUUCUUUUUCACCUUUUUUGCCACCUGAUCGUCACCCGGUCGUGUUUUUCUUUUUUCUGUGUGCGAGCGCGUGCUAACUUGGAGGAGGUUUUCACGAUAUGGACAUUUCUUCAAAGACUUUUCUUUUUUUUUUUUUCUUUCUUUAUUUUACUCCUUUCAUUUAUGGUCCACUUCAGCUGUCUGUACGUCGACGAAACCUAAUAGCAUCCAUGUACCAUGUACCAUGUAACACUCACAUGACACAUUCCUCGUGUUGCUUCCUUGUGGUCCUUUUUUUUAAUAUAUAUAUUUACAGUCAUCCUACAAACCUUUUUUUUUUAUUAUUAUUUUUUUAUUUUAUUUUACUACAAAAUGAAAAACUCUGCUAAAGCGGAUUCGAUGCUCUGACGUACUGUGUCUCAUUGCUACGUACUAUCAAAUGUAACCAGAACACUGUGAUACCCUGCUCUUAAUUUACAGCCCCCGUCUCCUUCAAAAGAAAAAAUAAUAAUCAAGUCUGGGGGUUCGAUUUAUACACCUAGAUGAUCCAUGUGAUUAUAUCCACUUUAGAUGUGAAUUUUUUUUUUUUUUUCCCCUGAAUCUGACGACCGAUUGAAGAGUUUUCAUGUAAUGAAAUAGAACGAUACAUGCGGUGCUUUAUAUUCGGUAAAAAAAAAAACAAAUAAAAAAAAACAAAAAAACACACCCUUUUGUAACAGAAAAAAAAGGAGUAGUUUUUUUUUUUUAAAGUCUAUGUAUGUGUAUAUAUAAAUGUGAUGGAUAUGCACGCAUUCACAUAUACGUGUAUGUAUUUGAGGAUUACACUGUUGCCUGAUUUUUUUGCAUGUAGAUCGCAAUUUUUUUUUUUGUUUUGUUUAGCAUCAAUCCCCUCAUUAUUAUUAUUAUUAUUAUUAUUAUUAUUAUUAUUAUUAUUUUAUUUUUUUCGGGACCAUGUCUAAUACUGUAUGAUGUGGUGGGGACCAUUAGACCUCAUUCUAACAUUGAUAUUAUAUAUACAUAUAUAAAAAUCUGCAUUUUUUCCCUAUGGAGAAAGUUUAAGUUAUAUAUCGCCUGUACAUUUUGGGCUGCAUUAAAAUCUAAUUGUCCACCAUGAAAUAAAACAGUAAUAAUGUUGAAAUAUGCUAGAGUAAUUAAAAGAAAUGACUAUUCAUAAUAAAUCUUACAUUUACAAAA